UAUAACCUUUACUCUAAUUUUCAUCUGUUAGUUCAGACCACAGUUUCGUUACUCCUUAGACGAUAGAUAAUCUGCGCUUUAUCUUGUGAAUGUGCCUAUUGAAUAAUAAACAUUUCUUGAUUUCGUUAUUUCUGACGGUGACUCCUAUUUACCAUUAAUUCUACGGCUGUAAAUAUGGAUUCAUUACGUGAACAAGUAAUGAUAAAUCAAUUUGUGUUAGCUGCUGGUUGUGCUCGAGAACAAGCUAAACAAUUACUGCAGGCAGCUCAUUGGCAGUUUGAGACCGCACUUUCAAUAUUCUUCCAAGAAGUUGCUAUACCGUCAGCGAAUGGUAUUGCAACACAACAUUAUCCGCAGUUGAUGACUCCAUGCAACACACCGGCAACUCCGCCAAAUUUCCCAGAUGCUUUAGCAGCCUUUUCACGGCUAUCAACUACAGGAAGCCCUAGCAACACAGGUGGAGGCGGCGUCAGCGGCCUGGCGCCGCCUGUCUCGCCCCUCGCCACGCACCCUCCAGCACAACCUAACACAUUCUCCACUGCAAAUCAGCAGACUAAUAAUUAUACACCGCUUUCUUGCUCAACUGCGGUGUGCAGAGAACACAUGCCAAGAUAAAUUGUAAAUGUA